AUUAAAAUAAAAUCUUAUUUUUUGCAAAACAAUUCUUAUCAUAAAUAUUGAUUACACUGAUUAAUACAUGACAUUAUCUAUAACUCCAGGCGCCAGCUCAGGCAUCGGAGCGGCCACUGCCCUGCACUUCGCAUCCCUGGGCAGCGACUUAGCCCUCGUCGGCAGAAAUUUGGCUAAUUUGGAGGCAAUUAGGAAACAGAUCGCAGACGCCGGACAUACGGUUAAAGUGGCGCUAAUAGUGGCCGACCUGUCCAAAGAAGGGGACACCAUCUCAGCGGUGAAUAAGACUGUCGAGGCGUUUGGAAAGCUGGACGUAUUGGUGAACAGCGCCGGUAUCCUAACGCGAGGCACCACCGAGAAUACCACACUCCAGGCCUACGACGAGCUGAUGAACGUUAACCUCAGAUCUGUGUUUCAUUUGAUUCAACUGUCGAUCCCUCACUUGAGGCGAACCAAAGGCGCUAUCGUUAACGUUUCCAGUGUUACAGGACUCCGGGCUUUCCCGGGAGUACUGGCGUAUAAUCUGAGUAAAGCCGGGUUGGAUCAGUUGACAAGAACUGCGGCUCUAGAACUGGCGGCCGAUGGUGUCCGUGUGAAUGCUGUCAAUCCCGGUGUUAUCGUAACAGAUGUUCACAAACGUGGAGGAAUGGGUGACCAAGAAUAUGAAAAAUUCCUAGAGCACAGCAAAACCACGCACGCUAUGGGACGGGUGGGUGAGGCCAUCGAAGUGGCCAAAGCGAUCGCAUUCCUGGCCAGUGAUGACUCGUCGUUUACUACUGGCGCUUCACUGCCUGUCGAUGGGGGUCGGUCUCAGAUGUGCCCGCGUUAGGCAUCAAAUGGCAAACGGUUAACAAUUUAUAGGCUGAUAGUGAUUACAAUUUAAGUCCAUUAUCAACAAAUACUCCACAAAAGAGGCAUACAUUUCCGACCAGAAUAUCCGUUUAAAUGUAAAAAUUCUUACAAUAGAAAGUAAUCAAUAAAUUGUUUUUAUUUUCAUAAAUUAGAAGUGCUUUUCAAAUUGUUUACUAAAAUAUAUAGAAAAUACUUUGUACACCA